AUGGUGCGACUCGUAUCGGCGCCACCACUUUCGUCUCUGGGCACUAUCGCUAUUGGUAUCAUCGUCAUCGUCGUCAUCGGCAUGGUUAUCACGGCCACCGUCCAUGCACGUUUCUCAUACGACACCGUCGUGUCAGCUACGACGUCCCUCUAG